GCAGGAGGUUGCUUUGCUGUUGAGAGUAGCGCGGCAACGAGAGCGGAGGCGGUUAACGACAAUUUACAUUGCCAAAAUGUUGCCCUGCAUUCAAUUGCUUGAUGUCCACGUUAAUCUCUUGGGUGCAUAGGAACAAGGACCAUUCUUGAGGGAAGCUUUGAUCAGCAUGGAUAAGCCCAAAAUAGUUUCAGAGUCUGUGUGGCAGCGUCCAUAUGUGAAUGUCUUCAAGCACUUCAAAUUGGAAGAAUGGAAAAAAUCAACAAAAGAAGGGGAUGUCACAGCUGUUAUGGAUAAAACCCUGAAGUGCACAGUAUAUCGCAUCCGUGGACCCAUCCCUCCUGGUAAUUACAUUCAGUUACCAAAAACUAGCACCCAAUCUCUUGGACUAGUUGGUCGCUAUCUCUACCUCCUGUUCAAACCAAUUGUAUCCAAAUACUUUGUGGUUCACUUUGAUGCAGUCACUGAGGGGAGUCAAGUUAUACGGAUUUCGUUCUCCAACCUCUUCAAAGAGUUCAAAUCUACAGCCACAUGGCUCCAGUUCCCCUUUGUUUGUGGUGCAGUGGAAGGCUCUGUGUAUAAUACUACUGCAAAGACUGCAAAGCAAGACCUUGUGGGCCUUGCACCUCCUGGUGUGAAAUGGACAUGUCUAAUGAUGGACCUUCAGUAUCUUCUGUCAUUUUAUUUGAACCGACACUACAGCCACCUAAAAAGCAUUAAGCUCUGUUCCAACAUGUUUGUCAAAAAUAUCUUCACCAGUGACCUGGUAUUUGAGCCAAGUGUGACAGCCUUUAAGGCCAAACGGGCAGGACUGGUGCUGCAUGAUGUCUCCCCAAUGCCUCGAGAAAUGGCUUUCUUGGUGCCCAAAGGAGAAACUUGGCAUGAUAUUUAUGAUUAUAUCAGGUUCCCAUCAGAUGGAACUAAGAUGCCAUUCGACUCCAUUCAAAAGGGAAAGUCCAGCCCACGUAAAAAAGGUCAUCCAGCACAUUGCACUCCGGUUAGAGCAAAUCCACCCACUGUGAGUGUCAGUAAGGCAGUACAAGACAGAGUUUCUCUCAUCCAACAAAUUACCAGCCCAGAGACUGUUCCUUCUAGACGUUGGCGAUCCUCUCAGAUCAUUACAAACAUCCCAAAAGUACACUUGGAUACAACUAUAUCACCCCAUCGUGACAAAGAUAGCAGAGAAUGUGGGGAUGAAGCCAUAGCUAUAAGUAAUGAAAGUGCAAAAUUAAUACCAGCGGAUGAUGGUGGAAUUCAUGUCUUUGCGAGUCACCGUGGUAGAGUUCCGGUUGAUAAGUGCAGCGGUGAUACAGAGGAGGUUGUAAGCACUAAGGUUCCUACACCUACCAGGUUUAUUUGCCAGAAGUUUAAGGACCCUAAGGGGCUUCAGCCAGACCCAAUCCUGAAACUAAAGAAGAUUAUUGGCUUUGGAGGUUGCACGAUGAAAUGUGCAGCAUGGAAUAAGUCUGGAUCAACUGUGGCCUACCCUUGUCAUGCUAUAGUAGUGGUAAUGGAAAUAGAUACAGGGCAGCAGAGAUUUUUCAUUGGACAUACAGAUAAGGUUUCUGCUUUGUCUUUUAAUGGCAAUUCAACACUUCUUGCAUCAGCACAGACUGGGAAUGUGAGUCUGGUCAGAGUUUGGAACUUUAACAAAGGGAACUGUCUGGCAAUGUUCAAGACCCAUGUACAUUCAGUGUCAUCCCUUAGUUUUUCAUACAAUGGGCAAGUUCUCUGCGGUGUAGGAAAGGACGGUCGUGGUAAAUCAAUGGUAGUAGUUUGGGACACAGCAAAAGUCAGUCGGGAUGGCGAAGUAGUAGUGUUGGCAAAAGCUCACACUGAAGUUGACAUUCAAGUCAUGAAAAUAGCUUCUUUUGAUGACACCAGGAUGGUGUCAUGUGGAAGAGAUAACAUCCGCCUGUGGCGAGUUCGAAAUGGAGCACUACGAUCUUGCCCAGUAAACCUGGGUGAAUAUCAUUGUUUGGAAUUUACAGAUGUAGCUUUUGAAGAGGGGCAUCUGGCUGACAAAGAUCCUGCUGACCGAAUGCUAUUUGCUUGCAGUAAAAGUGGACAUAUCAUUGAAAUCGAUUAUAAAAAUGUUGUGAUUAAGAAUGCCCGUCGCUUGUUUCCCUCACAGCAAAAGCAUUCACAACAACAAGAAACUGUGACAUUUAAUGCAGGUGCUGGUAUAGCCAUCAAUAGCAUUAGCGUUUCUGCUGCUUUCUGCGCCACAGGAUCUGAUGAUGGUUACUUGCGUCUUUGGCCUUUGGAUUUCUCCACUGUCUUUCUGGAAGCAGAACACGAAGGUGGUGUUAGCUUUGUAAGUAUUGACCCUAAUGGACUGAAAGUGCUUGCAGCAACCACUACAGGUAACCUAGGAUACCUGGAUAUACCCAGCAGAGGUUAUACCACAUUAAUGAGGUCACAUACAAACAAAAUUCUAGCUUUCUCAGUUGAUGGGAUAAGGAGGCAUCUUGUUACUGUAUCUGAAGACUGCACCAUCCGUGUGUGGGACCUAGACUCUAUGCAACAGAUGUACGACUUUGUGAGUGCUGAAGAGACACCGUGUGCUGUGACAUUUCACCCUACACAGCAAAUUUUUGCAUGUGGAUUCAGCAGUGGAGUAGUGCGAGUUUUCAAUGUGGGGAAUUCCAGUCUUCUGGCUGAACAACGACAGCACCGAGGACAAGUGAUUGGACUUGUGUUUUCCCCCAGUGGAGAGUAUAUGUACAGUGCUGGGUCCCUGGGUUCAUUGGCCCUGUACAAUGCAACUGAAGAUAGUCACCAUGUUAUCAGGAUCUUGGGUAAUGUUGUGGCAAGAGGCAGUUAUCAUGGCCCAGAUGCACUUACAGUGAGCAGUGACAGCCGUUACCUGGCUUUUGUGGGCCCAUCUGAAUACAUAGUCACUGUGAUGGAUGCUCACUCAUUAGAUGAGAUAAUGCUUAUAGAUGUUAGUAUUCUGGACCUGGAGACGACGACGCUUGACACCGCUGUCAAAGUCUGCUAUUCAUCCGCUGCAAUUAACCAGCUGCUUGUGACCACUUCCUCUAAUAAGAUUCUGUGGCUGAAUGCAAGGACAGGGAAAUUAAUUCGGGAGGUUUGUAAUAUUCACAAGUCAGUCUCCACGUCUUUAGCUGUGAGUGAAGACAUUCAGUACCUCCUGACUACAGGGGAGAAGGUCAUUAAAGUCUGGGAUUAUCAUAUGAAACAGGACAUUAAUUAUCAGGUGUUCAUUGGUCACUCUGAAACAAUUCAACAAGCUAUGUUCACUCCAGACCAAUUAAGUGCAAUCAGUGUUGGAGAUGCAGUGUUUGUCUGGGAUUUUCUUGCUUGUGUACUAGAUCAGGAGACCAGCAGCCUCCCUUCAAUUCAGCCGUUUCCCCUCCAUGGAACUGAAGCUCCUUCAGUUGCAGAGGGCAAUGAGGUUUGCCAAAAUGGUGGGAUGCCUCGCCAGUCAGUACCAGUCCCCAGCUCCUCCCCACCACUCAAUGUCAGUGUUAUUGAAAGAAAUGAGCAGGAUGUGUUUUUGUCUGAUGUGGAGAGUAAAGAUAACAACAAUCAAAAUGAUGACUCGAUCACUGUUGGAAGAAUUGGAGACUCAAUACUGCAAGUCCAUGAAAACAUGCAUUCUGGCGAGAAUGUGACACCUUUCACGAAGCCUGUUUCCCUUCAGGAAUACCAGAAAGAGCUGGAUGAACCAGCAUCUUGGUUCGGAGACGGAGAUUUCCCACACACCAAUAAACGUCCAGAUUCAUACAAGCAUUUUGCUGCUCAAUUCAAAGCCUCAUCUGUAUCUCAGGUUGCAGUCCUUUCUGAUGGGAAAGAGGAUCUGAAGCUGAAAGUAGUAAUUGGAUACAAUGGAAACGGAAGAGGAAAUAUGGUCUGGAAUCCUGAUACAGCACUAUUUGCAUAUUCUUGUGGCUGCUUGGUGGUGAUUGAGGACUUGCAUUCUGGAUCUCAGAAACACUUAACUGGUCACUUGGAGGAGAUCUCUACACUUGCAGUUAGCCAUGAUGCACAGGAGCUUGCCUCAGCCUCAGGAAAUCAGGAUAAGACUAGCUGUUCUAUCUUCAUUUGGAAUGUGGUGGGUGGCUCCUGUAAGAUAGUUCUGUGUCAGCACACAACAGAGGUACAAGCCAUGGCUUACUCCAGAGAUGACCGGCUCUUCUUGUCUGCUGGAGAUUACAGGGAUCUCUCAAUUGCUCUAUGGGAUACAAGGAAUUAUGAGUUGUUAGCAACAACAAGAGUCUCAAAUCCUGUCCAUGAUUUAGCAUUUGACCCAACUGCUGUUAAUGAAUUUGCCUGUGUUGGUGUCGGAGGAGUGCAUUUCUGGCUAGUGGAGCAGACUGGUGAUGAGGUACAACUCAAGGUUCACAGAGUCUCAAUCCCAGAUGAAGUUGGUGCUGAUGAACUCACUGCAUUGUGCUAUAACAGUGAUUCAGUUCUUUAUACUGCUACCAACACCGGGAAAAUCUGCGCAUGGGACACCCAGCAGAAUAGGUGUUUCAUGACUUGGGAUGCAGAUGAAGGAGAGAUUGGGAUUGUGCAGUGUCGAAGGUAUCGCCUGAUGACUGGCAGUAACACAAAGAAAAUCCGGCUGUGGGCAGUCGCUGCAGUGCAGGAGAUGAGACUUGAGGGCACAAGAGCAAGGUCAAAUUCAGUACUCCUGGAACAUGAAAUGAUUCUGGAUGGUACGAUAGUCAGUGCAGUCUUUGAUGAUAUCAUGGACAUGGGUAUUGUGGGGACCACAGCAGGAACUCUAUGGUAUAUAAACUGGGCUGAAAACACCAGCAUCCGACUUAUCAGUGGCCACAGAAACAAGGUUAAUCAAGUGACUUUUAGCCCUGAUGAAAGUCAUUUUGCUACAUGUGCAGAGGAUGGCAGUUUAAGAGUGUGGGUUAUGCACACCACUGAGCUGGUUGUUCAGUUUCAUGUUCUUAAUCAGAGCUGCUUGUGUAUGGCAUGGAGCCCAGCAGUUAACUUGAAGAAAUCUGCUGACAAACAGCAAAUUGUGGCAGGAUAUAGUGAUGGCACAAUACGUUUCUUUGGAGUGUUGAAGACUGAGAUGGAAUUAAAGAUUCAUCCCCAUCCUGUAGCAGUCAAUGCCAUCGCGUUUUCAAUGGAUGGCGAGGUUAUCAUUUCAGGGGGUAAGGAUGGUCUGAUGGCUGUGAGUAGUUCUCGGACAGGAAUCACUGUUCGUGUCAUCAGUGAUCAUAAAGGCUCACCAAUUACUGCCAUCGAAUGUACACGGAAAAAAUAUGAUGAAUUUGGACUCGAUGGAUGUGAAAUGUGGUUGGCUGUCAGUUCAGAUCGACGUGUUAGUGUUUGGGCUACUGAUUGGCACAAAGACCAAUGUGAGCUUAUUGAUUGGUUGACAUUCCCAGCGCCUAUUAAACCAGAGCUCUGUGACACAAGUAGCCUCCCUCCAAGCCUGGCUGCUUUUUCACCAAGUCAGCGUGGGAUAGUGGUGUAUGUUGGAUUUGGAGUGAAACCAGAGAUCAUUCUGUACAGUCUGUACAAAAAGCAGGCAAUUAAAAAGAUACCUUUACCUCAGUGGGCCACAAGUAUGAGCCCCUCUCCUGGAGGGCAGUAUAUUGCCAUUGGGACCAAUGGGAGACUUCUGAAACUAAUUCAGCACCCAUCUGGAAAAUUCCAGGAGUUUGCUGGGCAUAAUGAUGCUGUUCACUUCAGUCAAUUCACACCAUCUGGGAGAUUCCUCCUGUCUGUUGCGUACAAUGAGGUGCUCGUCUGGGAGGUUCAGAAUCUACAGCACACUCUCACUCAUGCACAAUAUCUCUAAGUUCUGACAGCAAACAUGGAGGAGCUAUUAGCUGUGUGACUGCUCAUAUAAAUAACCCCCAUUAUAAAGCUGUCUGACCAUUAGAAAUUUAAUUUCAUUCUUUUCAUUGUAGAAAAUUCAUAAUGUAGCUCAAUCCAACCAGUUUUACAGUUCACAAGAUUGUUUUGUAAUAGGAUCUGCUGGUAAUGUAACAUAUUCAUGUUAAAAUCAUUAUUACAUGGUGUAGUUGGUGCACCACACACAAGGAGUUUUUAAUGAAUGGCUGCACUGAGAAUUUUUAAAUUAAGGUUAGCUCAAAGUUUUAUUCCAAGAUUCUACUUCUGAAUUAACAAUUGUCAUUUAAUAUUUUUAUUAUAAAAUGAUUUUUGUACUUUUUCCAUAAAUAAAACUUUCCAACUGUUAUCCAACAUAA